AUGUUUCCCAGCACAACGCGCUCCUUGAUUGGGGCUAGCAAGCGCCUGCGGGUGCCUAUCCCCAUUCGCUCACUAUCAACCCCGAGCCAGCCCAAUGCGCCAUCCACCGAGCAGGCGACUACACCUUCUCAGACCAAGCCCGAGCCGACUCCCACACCUGUCGCUCCCGCUGCCGCCGAGCAACCCGCCGAAUUGCCCGUGAAGGAAUGGUCCGAACGGUUAGGAGCUUUCGGUGAACACGCCCGACUUCCCCGAAGCGUCCAAGCACUCUACCUGCGUCCCCUCCGGAGGAAGGCGGAGCACGGCCUCCCUGUAUGCGACCUUCAACUGCGAUCCUACAGCGUGCAGAACCUGGAGUUCUUCGCCGACUUUGCCAUCCGUGCCGCCUACUACCUCAACCUCCCCGUCUCCGGCCCCGUGCCCCUCCCCCGUAUCACCGAACGCUGGACCGUGACUCGCAGUAACUUCGUACACAAGAAGAGCAAGGAGAACUUUGAGCGGAUCACGCUUCGUCGUCUGAUCCAGAUCAAGGAUGGUAACCCGCAGGCGGUCCAAGCAUGGUUGGCUUUCCUUCGGAAACACGCCUUCCAUGGAGUUGGUAUGAAGGCCAAUGUUUGGGAGAAUGAGAGCCUGGAUGCCGCCAAGGCACUUGAUGCCUCCCUCCCCGAGAUUCAAAAGACCGUGGGCCCCCACCUCGCACAGUUCGGACAACGACAGGACAACUCUGUCAAGGAGACCAUCUUCGAUUCUCUGGACAGCGAGCGAUUCGUUGAGCCCAAGAACCUGUAA